ACCAUUUGCUGGGCGCCAAACGGGUAAUGGUGUGCUGGGAUUGCAGUUGCAGGCUCAGCGUCCGCUUGCUCAAGAAAUGUUGGGGAAGAUGACGGCCGGUACGACGCCGGCGCUGCACCAUGCCUGCUGCAUCCUCUAUCACCCUGUCUCCUUUGCUUCUCCCACGACCAAAUUCGCGUUCCCGGUGCCCUGCUCCUAGAAUUUCUCAACGGUCCCCGACUACUCAUCCUCUAGCAAUUUCAGGCAAAGGGCAUGGUGAUUAUGAUCCUGAGCUUCGGUCAGUGCUCGAACUUGCCACGGAUUCUGAGCUGUAUGAUCUUGAAAGAAUCCUUUUUGGUCCCAGCUACUUCAGUCCUUUCCUUAAAUCGAUAACAAAUCGAGCCCAUAUUGACCAUGGCAUGACUGGAGAAGACCUUGAAGAGCGAGACAAUUUUAUAUCUAUUCUUGAGUCGCGAUUCUUGUUCCUUGCUGCCGAUGCCCGCUCAACAUUAAGGGGUUGGAGGCCUUCAUAUAGAAAUGUCUUGCUUGGUGCGAGGAAGAAGUUGAAUGUUCCUUGCUCAUACAAAUUGUCAACUGAAGAUCUAGAAGUAGAGAUUUUUCUUCACCUCUUGCAGAACUACUCAGGUGAGGAAUUGGAAACAUUUCCUGGUUCAUGUGAAAACUCCCAGAUUCCUAGUAGUCGUGGUAGUUUAGAAAGUGGACUCAGGCAGUGGAAGGCACAAGUUGUUGCUGCUUUAAGAGUUGGAGCACCAGGGCUCCAAUCGAUGAUCUUAAAGGGUGGUGGUAUGUUGAUGUUUGGCAGGAUAUAUCAAUUGUUAGCAAGGAGAUUAUCAGGGAAGAUGUUUGUGGAAGCUGCGAAGUAUCAGAUAAAGAAUGGAAUUCUUAAAAAGGGUGGACAAUUUGCAGCGAUGAACUUGGAGUCGAGAGUGGCCUUACUUGCUGCAAAACAGGGUUUUACAAAAGCUGCAGCAAGAUAUUUGGGGCUUAGGAGCAUGAUGGCAUUACUCGGCCCAAUGCUGUAUGGGACAUUUCUGGCCGAUGUUGUCAUUCAAAUGCUUGGAACUGAUUAUGCUAGAAUUCUACGAGCAAUUUAUUCACUUGCACAGAUACGCAUCAUCCGUACGUAUAGAUUGCCACUUGAUGACAACAGUGGAGCUUAAUUGCGUAGGGUCGCAUACUCGCAUUGUUGAACAUUUGGAUAGUUGGUUGAAGGUAUUUGCCCGUCAUUGAACAUUUCUGGAGAGGCAUAGUUCAGGGCAUUGUCCAUAGUUAUACUGUUGUACUUGUCCUUCUGGUGGUAGUUUUGGGAAUGGAACUAUUAAUAUUCUUGUACUUAAAAGAACUUUCAGUUCUUGUUGUGCAAAGAAUUUUUAGGUUCGGUUUGGAACUCAUAUAAUAUUAGGGAAAGAAAAGAAAAAUAUCAAAGAAUUCACUUUUU